AGAGGUGGGAGAUGGAGAGAGAUGCGGGGUAUUCCUGCUCUGUGCUGUUCUGCGUGGGUUUGAAGAAGACCUUGCACCGGAGAGAUCUGAGAGAUCCUUGUUCAUGAUGCAUCAUUCGCCUGAACCUUUAGCAUGAGAUGGACCGCGCUCUUAUUGACAUUGCCAGCCGCUUGACACACCGAUCACUGGAGACGUGAUGGAAAGACUCUGUGUGUGGACACCGGGAUUUCUCGCUGUGUGCUUGCCGUAACCGUUUCCAGCUAUCCAUGUGUCAUGUAGACUGAGUUUCACUCUUCACAGUAAGCGUCUCCUCAGUGGAGAAUGUUGGGGAAACAAUGUGCCUUGAUCCGCGGGUAACAGCUCUGCAUGUCUGCCUGAUGUAAGAUUACUGCCUGUCGUCCUUGAAGGAAUUUUCUGUAUGAUUUCUAUCGCUCGCAUUGUCAUUUCGCCUGCCUCUUGUUGAAUGUUGUCAACGAACGCAGGAGCAUGCUUUUCAUGCAGGUGCAGAGAGGUGGGCAUACGUCUGCAUGCUUAAAAUAGGUGAGGGAGGACUAAGAGCAGCAAUACGAAGAUAAUGAAAUGGAUGGGUUUUGAGAAAACACAACGGUGUAUAUAGCGAUUUUUGGUGUUACGGUUCAGCACUUCUCUGAAUUUUUUGGGCUGCCAAGAUAAUUUUGUGCUUUUCGUUCAUUUCUACCUUUGAUCUGUUGAGAACUUCUGGACCACAUGAACCGAACGGGUCCAUCUCAGUCCAAAACCACCUACCUUAUCUCCCUCACCCUGGUGAAGGUAGAGACCACUGAGGAACAUGAGUUGGAGAACAGCAAGCAAACUGUGGAUGGAGCGGUGCACGUUGCCGAUGGAACAAAACAUCUCAAACACCCCGGAUCCAACAAUGAGGGCCAGCAGCAACAGAAAAUGGGUGUGGAGCUGGAGGCUGGAGAAUCUAUCAAAAUCUCAGCGGAACAGGAUACAAUCCAAAGCCCAAGGGAGGACAAAGCACUUUUUACAGAUGGUGUUCACCCCGGUGAUGGGCAAAAAUCAAUAAUCUCACCCAGCGCUGAAAUUGGCCGGGCCAGAGAAUCCACAGGAAUCUCACAGUUUUCCAUUCCACGGCAUUUCUGUGACAUCCCAGUUCGUGCAACCCAGCGUCCGGUUUCUCUUCUUAAAGCUCAUGGGGGUGGUCGUGAAUUUAAGGAGUCCAGAGAGAGCAUCCACGCCUCUUCCAAAAGCCUUGACCGGAAAGACAGUCGAGCUAGGAUCCAGUCUCCAACCAGCCCCACUCCGGGGUCAUUUCGGGCAUCUUGGGCUGUAAGCGAGGUGAAAACCUGUGAUGAAGACCUCAAAGGUGUUGGGAUGAAAAGGCCCACGGAAGGGGAUAUAAUAGCCAUGAGAAUGCAGAGUCCUCGAGCGGAAAGAUUAAAGUCUGGAUCUACUUCUCUACCCACUCCAAUCGCCCUGAUAUCCAAGCCUCAACGCAAAGGGAAGAGUCGAACCUUGGACAACAGUGAUCUGAACUGCCUGUCUGAAGACCUCCUGAAGAGCAAAGGUGGCCAAAUGACAUCUGACUUUAGGACAGCUCAGUCCCAGGGGGCUUCGGCACGUGACCGCAAGAUGCUGAGAUUUAUUAGUGGCAUUUUUACCAAGAGCACUCCAGUGGCGACCAGUGCGACCAUUGUGACCCCAAUCUAUAGCUCCAUUCAGAGAGAAUCCAGUGAGGAAGAAGCAUCAUGCAACAACAGUCAGGAAUGGACCCUGAACCGCGCCAUUCCAGAGCUGAGACUGGGGGUUUUAGGUAGCAUACGAAGUGGAAAAACUGCCCUUGUGAACCGAUUCAUCACAGGAAGUUACCUGCCACAGGAGUCACAUGAGGGUGGACGAUAUAAAAAAGAAGUACUGGGGGAGGGACAAAGUCAGUUAUUACUGAUCCGAGAGGAAUCUGGCCCUCCAAGUGCACAGUUCUGCAAUUGGCUGGAUGGUGUCAUCUUGGUUUUUAGUCUGGAAAAUGAAGCCAGUUUCCAGGAUGUGUAUAAGAACUACAGUGAGCUUAGCAAACACCGUAACAUUGCAGAAAUGCCCAUUAUAGCAGUUGGAACACAAGAUAAGAUUAGUAGCACUAACGUCCGUGUGAUCGAGGACAAACGUGUGCAACAGCUCUGUAUAGAUAUACGUCGCUGUACUUACUAUGAGACGUGUGCUACAUACGGGCUUAACGUGGACAGAGUAUUCACUGAAAUGACUCAAAAGAUCGCUGCUGCCAAGAAGCAAGCCGCCCUUCUGGCCUCCUGUAAAUCUCUCCCGAACUCUCCGAGUCAUUCAGGAGCCUCGACUCCGCUGUCAGGGCCAGGACAGGCCAGUAAUGGGGGUCAGAGUAGUGAUUACCCCUCCUCUUUGCCUUCUACCCCUGUUAUAAGUCACAAAGAUAUUCGGGGUGGGGCAAGUGGAGACGGGGGCUCUCAACGAAAUCUGCCCCGGCGACGGACCUCUUUAUUUGCGAACCGUCGUGGCAGUGACUCUGAGAAAAGGACUUCUGAAAGCCGAGGUGACGUGAGCGGUAGAUCCGUUCCUAUUAAACAGGGGACUUUGUGGAAACGAAGUGAACGUUCUUUAAACAAGGAGUGGAAGAAGAAGUAUGUGACUUUAUCAAACAGCGGCAUGCUGACGUAUCACUCAAACAUAAACGAAUAUUUACAGAACGCUCAAGGAAAAGAAAUGGAUUUAUUGCGGGUCACUGUGAAAGUGCCAGGCAAACGUCUUCAUCGUGCCGGAACACCUGGCGGUCCGUCUCCUGGUCCUGUUCUUGUCCCCGUACCCGGUGUUAAUGGAAUUAGUAAAGACAAGCAGACACCUGAAGGGGGCGCUACUUCAAAUCUUUUGACUGUGGAGGAGGCAUCCAGAGCUGGUUUGUCAUUUCAUAUUGACCAAAAGGUGAAACGUUGCCCAUCAUCUGUGUCGAAUAAAGGGUUUAGUAUGGACUCGAGUGCAGAGGGAGCCACAAGUCCACCUUUAGGAAAAGACCACAUGCCUUCUUCUCCAAUGAGUGACCGAAAAAAGAAAAAAAGAAACAGAAGUAUUAAUCUGAAGGGAGACGCAGCAGCCGGGCAGGCUGAAGCCAAGCGCAAAAUGUGGAAAUUAAAAAGCUUUGGUAGCUUGAGAAACAUUAACAAAACAGAAGAGGAAAGUACGGACUUUAUCAUCAUAUCCAGUACAGGACAGAGCUGGCACUUUGAAGCUCAGAAUCAGGAGGAUAGAGAUGCUUGGGUUCAGGCGAUAGAGAGUCAGAUCCUGGCAAGUCUUCAGAGUUGCGAGAGCAGAAAUAAGGCACGACGGAGCAGUCAUAGUGAAGCUGUUGCCUUACAGGCCCUGCGUAAUGCCAAAGGGAAUGACCUCUGUGUGGACUGUGAGGCAUCAAAUCCAACAUGGGCAAGUCUUAAUCUCGGGGCUCUCAUCUGUAUCGAGUGUUCUGGUAUACACCGGAACCUGGGGACUCACCUGUCUCGCGUCCGCUCGCUAGACCUAGACGACUGGCCCAGCGAGCUCACGAAAGUGCUUACGGCUAUAGGGAACCAUAUGGCCAACAGUAUUUGGGAGACCUGCACUCAAGGACGGCAAAAGUUGACACCUGAGGCAACAAGAGAACAGAGGGAAUCCUGGAUCCGUGCCAAAUACGAACAGCGGGUGUUUGUGUCGCCCUUGCCCGCUCAGUGCUCAGAGGGCACAAUGUCAUCCUGGUUACUCAGAGCAGUAAUUGACAGAGACCUUCCCAGACUUCUGCUUCUCCUAGCACACAGCACCAAGGAUCUGAUCAACAUCCCUCCUGAGGGAGCGGGGCAACAGCAUCACAGCGCAUUACACGCGGCAUGCCAGCUCGGAGACGUGGUAAUGACGCAGCUCCUGGUCUGGUACGGCAGCGAUGUCAAGUCGAAGGAUCCGCAGGGCAGAACGGCCCUGACAUUGGCGCGUCAAGCCGGAAGUAAAGAGUGCGCUGAGAUUCUUCUACAGCACGGCUGUCCCAGCGAGACCUCUCCCACGUCCCCCACACCCGUUCUGUCCCGCAAAAGUAGCAUCACGAGCGUGGGCCGUGUCAAUUCCAGGCGGAGGGUCUCGUAACCCGUGAACUUUCACGAUCAUAAAAACAUUUCUAAACAGGGGGGUUUUAAUUUCUUCAUUCAGAGUUGUGUGUUCUGUGCGUCUGUGAAAUUCUGCCCCAGGAUAUCAUCAACAACGCUGUGUUUAUAUGCAUACAUCCCUGCGGGUUCCUCAGAGAAGGGAACAAUAAAAAAGAAGAAAAACCUUUAUCGUCCAUCCUAGAACAAGCUUAGAAAGACAGCUACAAAAAUGCCUUUUCAAAAAAAUACGGAAACUGUUCCACCAAGUAAAAGCAAUAUUAUUUAUAAUAUGCUGAUAUAACUGUAAUAUAGAUGCAUUACAAGGUCAAAUGUAGCUUGAGAGUUUCCCAAAGCAAUCUUAGGGACUGUAUUUACCAAUAGGACUGUCAUUUUCAUCGUUCUUUAAAAAUAGACAUCAUGGCUGGGGGUAUUGUAAUGUAACAUGUUUAUAUCCAGAAGAAAUAGUAUUUGUCAUUGUGCAUCAUUUCUAAAUACUAUAGACAAUAAACUCAGAUCUUCAAAUCUU